ACUAUUUUACGCACGUACAUAUAUAACAUGCACACAUACAUAUAAUUAAUUUUAUAUAUAGAUAAUUAUAUAGAGACAGUAUACAUAUAUAAUGUUUAUUAUAUUUUAUUAAAUAUAUUUAUAUAGAAUUUUCAAGAGCAUAGAAGAUACAAAUAGAAAUAAUAAAUUUGUAAUAUUCAAAUAACUGCUCAUAUUUGUAAGCUUGCAAAAAAGAAAAACAACACAUUUGAUCAAUUGCUAACAAUGUUGCAAACGGGAGUGUUGCGCCAUGUAAAUGUAAUUGUAAAUAAUUAUUUUGCAACUCAUAAAUUAUUUUCCAAAAGCUUCAAAUAUGUUGGUACAGGAGUGGCAUUGUUGAGCAUUAGUUAUACCUUUCUACCUCAACAGAAAAAAAAAGUUGUAAAGAGCGUUGCAGGAAGUUAUAUCAGAUUUACAAGAUCACUAAAAAUUGGUGUGACAAUAUCUAUGGACUACUUGAUUGCUCCCUUAAUGGGCUAUACAGAAACGGAAAUUCAUCGAAGGGCCGCCAAUCGGAUCGUUCAGGGAUGCUUGCAAAACGGUGGAAUUUAUGUAAAACUUGGACAAGGCUUAGCGGCAAUCAAUCAUAUUUUACCAAAAGAAUAUAUCGAAAGUUUGUCAAUAUUACAGGACAAAUGUUUAACCCGAGAAAAGAAUGAAAUGGAAGAAAUAUUUUUACAAGAUUUUGGCAAAAAACCUGAGGAAAUGUUAUGCGAAAUUAAACCCGAACCAGUUGCAGCUGCAAGUUUAGCUCAGGUAUACAAAGGUGUAACUUUAAAUGGGGAUAAAGUGGCUAUCAAAGUACAAUACAUCGAUCUUCAGGAUCGAUUCACAUCUGACUUGAAGGCAAUGGUUUAUUUAUUAAAAGUUAUUACUGUUAUACAUCCCAAAUUUGAUUUGCAUUGGGUGCUUGAUGAAGUCAUUGAGACAUUGCAUAUGGAGUUGGAUUUUGAAAAUGAAGGGAGAAAUGCAGAGCAAUGUGCUAAAGAUUUAAAGAAAUUUGAAUAUGCAUAUGUACCAAAAGUUUAUUGGAAUCUUAGUAGUAAGAGGAUUCUUACAACUGAAUGGAUUGAUGGUAUUAAAAUCACUGAUGUGGAAGGAAUUAAAGCUCAAGGAUUAAAUAUUUCGGAUAUCGAUAAAAAAUUAGUCACUUUAAUGGCAGAACAAAUAUUCCACACAGGAUUUGUACAUGCUGAUCCACAUCCAGGAAAUGUUCUGGUAAGGAAGGGGAAGGAUGGAAAAGCGCAAAUAGUGCUACUAGACCAUGGCUUGUAUGAACGGAUGUCAGAGAAGACGAGACAUACUUUGUGCAACUUAUGGGAAUCGUUGGUUUUGAGAAAUGAAUGUUCCUUGAAAACUCUUGCCAAUGAUUUGAAUGUGAAAGACUAUAUAUUGUUAGUGGAAAUGUUAACUCAAGCACCAUACAAAAUUUCUUUUGCAUCAUUACCAGACAACAUGACACUGGACGAGUAUAUGAAAAAACGAGUACAAGAACGAUUCGAUAAAGUAACAGCUACAUUGCAAGCGAUGCCUAAGAGUAUGAUGUUGGUAAUCAGAAACUUGAACACAAUACGUGCUAUUGUCAGGGAUCACGGGGACGUUGUCAAUCGGUAUAGGAUAAUGGCAAGAAUUGCGGCACGUGGGAAAUAUCAAACUGCACAACAGUCCUUUCAUAAAAAUAUUGCAGGCAUCUGCAGUGUCAUAAAAUUCGAAACUUAUAUUUUCUGCAACAAUCUUCUACAAUGGAUAACUAAGCUUUAUCUAACUAUUUUGAAAUUACUUGGUUACGAUGUUACACCAAUUUUGCAAACACUAGCAAUUUAAUUAGAACAUUUAUAUGUUGUAAUAUACUGUUCAGUGCAUUGAUUAUGCUAGUGCAGAUUAUAAAAUAUAUACUAUAAUAAUAUUGUUAAGAUUAAGACUGUUUCUUAUUGAAUUUUAAGAAGAGAAAGUCAUGUUUUUUUUUUUAUAUAUCAAUAU